UCCAGACCUAGACUGCUAAGUCCACUGACUUAUGGGAUCCCCAGCUACUCCCUCACCUUGGCUGGACUUUGCCAACAGACAGGGACAGAGUCCCCCACCCUCCUUUAGGGCGUCGGGGGCCAGGGCUCUGCCGGGAAGCGGAAAGCGCCAGGCCACACCCGCCUGGAUUCCCCGCCCACCUCCACUUGUCUGCUGGCCUGGUGACAGGGUCAGGCUGACCUCUCUAUUUCUCAGAGAAGGAACUCCUGUUCCUGGACAAGCCGGCAGCCUCUGGGAGCACUUACCCGCCACUUGGAAGCCAAAGUCCUGACUCCACAAUUUGAAAAGGCUUCCCUGGCACGGACUCCUUUCCCUCAGGCCCUUGACCUCGGCUGGCACGGGGGAGCAGGGGAACUGGCAGCAUUAAGUGACCAGGCGGAUGUGCGCCCAUGAGAGUUCCUUCCAACCUGCCCAGUUCCUACUGCUGGUGGGGGUUCCGGUGGCGAGCGCCGUCCUUCUGGUCCAGUGCCUUCGAUGGCGCUGUCCUCGCCGGUUGCUGGGCGCCUGCUGGAAGCCGGAGAGCCAAGAGGAACCGGCAUCCAUCCAUCCCGCUCCCCUACCGGAAAAUGAGUCCCCCAGGCAGGGCCCGCCAGCCAUGCUGCAGGAGAUGGUGGCCUUCUACCAGGAGCUGCACACGCCCACCCAAGGCCAGACCGUCGUCCGUCAGCUGAUGCACAAGCUCUUGGUGUUUUCGGCUCGAGAGGUGGAUCACCGAGGAGGCUGCCUGAUGCUCCAGGACGCCGGCAUUUCCCUGCUCAUCCCACCAGGUGCCGUGUCUGUAGGCCGCCAAGAGCGGGUGUCACUGGUCCUGGUGUGGGAUCUGUCGGACGCCCCGUCGCUGUCCCGAGCCCAGGGGCUGGUGAGCCCCGUGGUGGCCUGUGGCCCCCAUGGGGCCUCCUUCCUGAAGCCCUGCACCCUCACCUUCAAGCACUGUGCCCAGCAGCCCAGCCAUGCCCGCACCUACAGCAGCAAUACCACCCUGCUAGACGCCAAGGCCUGGAAGCCGCUGGGGCGGCGGGGGGACCACACCUCCCGGGAUGAAUGUCGCAUCCAGCUCUCCCACUUCAGCCUCUACACCUGUGUGCUGGAGGCGCCCGCAGGCCAGGAAGCUCGAAAGUGGCUGCAGUUGGCUGUGUUCUGCUCACCGCUGGCGCCCGGGCAGACCCACCUGCAGCUGCGUGUCUACUUCCUCAACAACACGCCCUGUGCCCUGCAGUGGGCCGUGACCAACGAGCAACCGCACGGCGGGCGCCUGCGCGGGCCCUGCCAGCUCUUUGACUUCACCGGGGCCCGAGGGGACCAGUGCCUGAAGCUCAAAUACAUCUCGGAGGGUUGGGAGAACGUGGAUGAUAGCAGCUGUCAGCUGGUUCCGCAUCUGCACAUCUGGCAUGGAAAGUGCCCCUUCCGCUCCUUCUGCUUCCGGAGAAAAGCAGCCAAUGAGAACGAGGACUGCUCAGCACUGACCAAUGAGAUCAUUGUCACCAUGCACACCUUCCAGGAUGGCUUGGAGACCAAGUACAUGGAGAUCCUCAGGUUCCAGGCAUCGGAGGAGGAAUCCUGGGCAGCGCCACCCCCUGUCACCCAGCCACCCCCAUGCAAUAGGCUGCCCCCAGAACUCUUCGAGAGGCUGCAGAUGUUAUUGGAGCCAAACAGCAUCACUGGCAACGACUGGCGCCGCCUGGCCUCCCACCUGGGGCUUUGCGGUAUGAAGAUCCGGUUCCUGUCCUGCCAGCGCAGCCCAGCGGCAGCCAUCCUGGAGCUGUUUGAGGAGCAGAAUGGCAGCUUGCAGGAACUGCACUACCUCAUGACCAUCAUGGAGCGGCUGGACUGCGCCUCCGUCAUCCAGAACUACCUGAACGGGACACAGAGCGGCAGCCCAGCCCUAGUCCGCGGGGGCGCCCAGGAGAACCAGGCUCUGGAGCUGGAUGAGAAGCUCUAAGCGCCCGGCUACCGGGCAAGGGCGAGGGCGCUGUCCACCGAGAGGCUGUGGAUGUGCUCUGACACCCAGGAAGAACACAGCAGCUGUUCCUGGCUGUGCCCACUGUCCUCAUCAGGACCCUCGUGCGGUGCCUGGGGUCUUCACGAGGCGGGAUGCCAUUGUCACCCUUCCUGUCCGGACCACUUUUUCCACCUUCUGUCUUGCAUGCAGAUCCCUCUCUGGCCAGCAGGGGGCGCAUGAGCCCAGGAGAUGGUCCCAGCGUGGCCAGCCUCGGAGGAAAGCUAUUUACUAGUCCAAUGGACUGUUAGGGUGCCCAGCUGGCAUUCCUUGGGGGAGUGGUCAGUCCACAAGUAUUCACUGAGCACUUAAUGAUACCCAGCAUUGGACUGGGAAUUCAGGGGGAAUCCUGGAAUAUAUGACCUCGGAUUUGGAGCCUUGACAAGCCUUGUGGGAAUGGAGGUGCCCUGAGCUCUUGUGAACUCUAAACCAGCACAUGCCCUGUGGUUAGAGGAUAAGGACCUGUUUCAGGAGUUGAAAAGGGAGGGAGGGAGCUGAGUAUGGGCUGGAGCCGUGAGAAAGCCUCAUGGAGCAUGUCGGAGAGAGGACCUGCAAAGAUGGGUUCAGAGAUCUUACGGUGGGGGAUGGGAAGACAGUGACUGGUCUUAACUGUAGGAGGGCGAUGCCCCCGCGGUGCUGAGGCUCUGAGGAGCUCAGUGCCGGAUAUAAGGUGAGAGCAGGAUAAAGGUUCAAGGCCAUAUCUGAAGAUGGGCAGUCGUAUCUGCCUUCCUUUGUUUAUCUUUCCAUCCUUGCCUCCUCUUCCCAUCUCUCUGCCAUUACCUCAGUCAGAAAGCAUCAAAGCUGAAAAGAAACUUCAAGAUUAUUAUUGUUGCCCAACCUUUUUUUUAUCUCUUUAUCUCAAACUGUGUGAGUUUUAUAUCUGGCUUUGUUUUGCUCUCUCUGGCUCCUGGAGUGGCUCCCUCCCUGAAUCUCUGUCUAUUACUCCUUGUCUUAGCAUCUCUUUGUCUCUAGUUCUUGUACCUGCCCUUGUGUGUUUCCUUCUCUCUCUGAAACCCUCAGUCAUUCAUUCCCCUCAGGCUAUUGUCUGUGAACCAAGGCUAGGUGUCAAAGGCACGGUCUGCCCUAGGAAUGGAUGGGUGGGGAUUUUACCCUAGGAAUCAAGAUCCAAUGUAGGGUCAGGAAAUAAAGGAUAGGGAUUAAAGAACCUCCCAUUCAGUCAACAAGUAUUCCUUCAGCACCUACUGUGUGUUAGAUGCUGUUGAGCAAAAGAGAUCGGUAGGCUGGGUCCAGAAAAGGGAACAAAGGGUUUGACUCAAUUCAAGCAACGCUUUUGUUGGCAAACAGGUGGUGUUAAUUUUUUCAGGGGCAGACAAAUGAUCUCUCUGGCAACACUAACAAUUUGCUUCUGUAUUUAAUUAAAAAAUAUCAAAGCUUUUUCUAUGAUGAACAAUAUUGUAUAAUAAAAUACAAAAAUUGCCUUUCUUUGCUA